AUGAUUUCAAAGGUUAGGAGGGUGAUAUUUUUCUCCGCGGAUAUUUUGAUUGCGGGGUCGGAAACAAUAAGCGAGGUAGUGUUAGGGGCGGUCGGAGGGCGGAGUGCCGGCGAGAGGGUCGCCGCCACCCUCCGCCGCGUAAAUAAGAGGCGCGGGCGGUGCACGCGCCACUCGCACUCCACCUGCUGGCCAGGCGCCAGCACCUGUCCGCUGACUCGGCCACUGGGGCUGUCCAUGAGGACGCUGGCGCGGCGCGGCCUCAGCGCCGGCGCUGCCUCCGCCGCCUUCUCGGCAGACCACCUGCGGCGCGCGCUGCACCGCUCGCUCCUCGCAUCCAACAACGUGCACGUGGAGCUGGAUGGCAGCGGGCGGCUGUGCGGGCGGGGCGGCGCGGCCAAGGGCGCGGGCGGGGCGGCGGGGGCGGAAGGGGCGGAGGGGGCGGCGGGGGCGCCCGAGGCGGCGGUGAGCGCGCGCCUCGCGCCCGCCGCCCCCGCCGCCGCGCUGCUCCUCUGCGCGUCCACGGCUGCCCCCGCAGGCUCCUUCCUGCGCCUGCGUCUGCAAGCCGAUGUUGCACCCCUGCAGGAACUGCAACUGUGGUUCGACGAGGCCACGCUCGCCCUACUCGACAUGCCCGUCCUGUCUCUCCACAACAUUCAAGGAAAGAAGAAUUACGUUUGCCACGAGUGCGGCUCAGAAUUCGAGCAGCCGAAUCCGCUCAAGGUGCACCUGUUCCUCUGUUGUCGGGAGUACUCUCCCGCUGCCUUCUGGGAGUGCUGCUGCGAACGACUCAAGCGGCCAAUAGUCCCUAGGAGCUCGGCGUUCCAGCCGUACCACAAAGGCUCGGCAGUGGCCGCAGCGUGGCCGCUGCUGACGCUGCCGGCAGCUGAGCACGCGGCCGUCGAGGCCCUGGCGGCCGCUUGGGGGCGCGCGCGUGGAGCCCACGCCUGCCUCUACUGCGGCAAGCUGUACUCGCGCAAGUACGGCCUCAAGAUACACAUUCGGACGCACACUGGCUACAAGCCGCUGCGCUGCCGCUAUUGCCUGCGCGCCUUCGGCGACCCCUCCAACCUCAACAAGCACGUGCGCCUGCACGCCUCCCGCGCCCUCUCCACCUCCCCCUCCGGCGCCGUCGCCCCCUCCGCGCCCCACGCCUGCCCGCACUGCGCCAAGCCGCUGGCCCGCAGGCGCGACCUCGAGCGCCACCUUCGAGCGCGGCACGCCCACCCCCCGCAACCCUCCCACUCGCCACCGGCCUCC